UCCUUGCUUCUUUGUGGCGACAGAUAAUACAGGACUGAAAUCAGUGGUCAAGAUGCCGAAUCAUAGGGUGCGUUUAAGCCUCUGGGACACGCCAUUCCCACCUCCCCACCUAUGGCCCGUCAUGGAUACUGUAAUUUACAACAUUCUGAGAUGGACCUGAAACUGCUUUUGAUAUCUACAUUGGUUGGAGUCUUCUGCAACGCUCAGAAAGAGGGGAAUGAGUGCAUCAGUGCAAAUGCCAGAUACUGCGGGGAGUGCAUCCAGGCUGGAGCGAAAUGUGGCUGGUGUACAGACCCGGACUUCCUAAAACAAGGUGAGACCGUGUCUACCCGAUGUGAUGAGCUGCAGUCUCUCACAAACAGAGGGUGUAGAGAGAGGUUGAUAGAGAACCCUCGUGGAGAAAAGAGGAUCCUCAGGAACAAAAUGGUAACCAAUCGCAGGAAGGGAGCGGAGAAACUAAAGCCAGAAGAAAUCACUCAAAUCCAACCCCAGAAGCUCAGUCUCACCCUCAGAUCAGGGGAGCCUCAGUCUUUCAACCUGAAAUUCAAGCGGGCAGAAGAUUAUCCCCUCGACUUGUACUACUUGAUGGACCUUUCUUACUCCAUGAAAGACGAUCUGGAGAACGUCAAGAACCUGGGAACCAGUUUAAUGCUAGAAAUGUCAAAGAUCACAUCUGACUUCAGGAUAGGCUUUGGCUCUUUUGUGGAGAAGACAGUUAUGCCGUACAUCAGCACCACCCCAGCCAAAUUGUUGAACCCCUGCACCGGCGACCAGAACUGCACCAGCCCAUUUAGCUACAAGAACGUCCUUAAGCUCACCAGUGAUGGCAAAAGGUUCAACACCCUGGUGGGCCAGCAGCACAUUUCUGGAAACCUGGACUCUCCCGAGGGUGGCUUUGAUGCCAUCAUGCAAGUGGCUGUGUGUGGGGAGCAGAUUGGUUGGAGGAACGUGACUCGCCUUCUGGUGUUUUCCACUGACGCUGGCUUCCACUUUGCAGGAGAUGGCAAGCUAGGUGGCAUCGUUCUGCCUAAUGAUGGAAAAUGUCACUUGGAGAACAAUUCGUACACCAUGAGCCACUACUAUGACUAUCCCUCGAUCGCUCACUUGGUUCAGAAGCUGAGUGACAACAACAUACAAACCAUAUUUGCUGUCACAGAGGAGUUUCAGCCUGUCUAUCAAGAGCUGAAAAAUCUAAUACCAAAGUCUGCGGUGGGCACCCUGUCUGCUAACUCAAGCAACGUUAUCAACCUCAUUAUAGAUGCUUACAAUUCGCUCUCAUCUGAGGUCAUUUUGGAGAACAGCAAGCUUCCGGAGGGAGUGACCAUUGCUUACACAUCCCGCUGUAAGAAUGGAGUCAUUACUGAGGGUGAAAAUGGACGCAAAUGCUCCAAUAUUUCAAUUGGAGAUGAGGUUACAUUUACCAUCAGUGUGACAUCUCAAGGUUGUCCAAAGCAAGGAAAGCCUGAGACAAUCAAGAUAAAGCCUCUGGGAUUCACAGAGGAGGUCGAGAUCACCCUCAGCUUUAUCUGUGAGUGUGAAUGCCAUAAAGAGGGUGUCGCCAACAGCGAUGACUGUCACUUUGGGAAUGGGACCUACGAAUGUGGAGCCUGCAAGUGUUAUGAGGGACGCGUCGGCAAACGGUGUGAAUGCAGCAGCAACGACGUGGCUACAGAGGACAUGGACCGCACCCGCCCCCAAGAUAAUUAUGAGGCUCAUUCUGAGACCAUAUUAAGUAUCGUCCCCUCUUAUUUUGUUGUUUGUUUUUUUUUUUUUCUUUUUUCCUUAGGGCACGGGCGUUGUGAGUGCAGAGUGUGCAUCUGUGACAACAUGUGGACUGGGAGCGCCUGUGAGUGUUCUCUGGAUACAAGCACGUGUCUAGCCAGCAACAAGCAGAUUUGUAAUGGCAGAGGCACAUGUGAAUGUGGCACUUGCAAGUGUACUGACCCUAAAUUUCAGGGUCCCACCUGCGAAACGUGCCCUACCUGUCCAGGAGUGUGCACUGAACACAAGGAGUGCGUCCAGUGUCGGGCUUUCGGCACAGGUGAGAUGAAGGAAACAUGUGAACGCGACUGCAGCUAUUUCAACUUGAUCAAAGUGAAGGACAGGGACAAGCUGCCUCAGCCAAAUGACGCCUCUUACCCUGUGAUGCACUGUAAGGAGAGGGACGCCAACGACUGCUGGUUCUACUACACCUACGCUGUCAACAACAACACAGAAAAGGAGGUCCAUGUGGUUGAAACGCUGGACUGUCCUGCUGGUCCUGAGAUCAUACCCAUUGUGGCGGGCGUAGUUACUGGCAUCGUCUUAAUUGGUUUAGCUCUGCUGCUCAUCUGGAAGCUGCUGACAAUCAUCCACGACAGAAGAGAAUUUGCCAAAUUUGAGAAGGAGAAGAUGAAUGCCAAAUGGGACACGCAAGACAACCCCAUAUACAAGAGUCCUAUCAAUCAGUUCCAGAAUCCAAACUAUGGACGUAGAGCUGCUGUCCUUUAAGGUGAAAAUCCCAUCUACAAAAGUGCUGUUACGACGGUGGUCAAUCCCAAAUAUGAAGGCAAAUGAUGAGCAAGAAUUUGACAUCUUCAGCAUUUGCUGGAGGUUUGGCUUCUGAGGAGGAUCAAGUUGUUUUUUAUUGUUGCUUCGUCAUUACAAUGCACAUGCGUCUGUAUUUUUAUUAACACAUAUUUAUAUGCUUUUGUUGUAUUUUAGAUGUACAGUAUGUGUAUAUACUUUACAAAUUCAUAUUUCUUGAAAGUUUGUGAAUUGAAGUUGUUUAUCUAGCCUGCCAAAGGUCAGGUGCGGGCAUAUCAGUUCACUCCUUUUACCAGCAGAAGGUGGAUAUCAUAAAUAAUAAUUUAUGCCCCAGAAAUAUUCAGCUUCUUCAAUGCUAUGCUAAUCUCUCAGCUCGUACGCUAUCCUUUCUUAUGUCUUUCUGCACUGACUGUUUGUCUGUGGUGCCUCUCUGUGUGACAAGACCUGAGGUGUUUUUGAUAUUUAUGCAAGUCAUCGGCCAAAGCAGCACAUUUUGCCACAGUAUGUGUAUAUCUUGAAAAACAAACGCAAAUAGCGAGUUAAUUCUUUAGUUUGGCGUUUUAAUAAAACAUUUUCAUGCUGCAUAGGCAAAUGAAUUAUUUGUAAAUGUGGUUUGGACUGCAGCUCAGAAAUCAUGAAAUUUUAUUGCACUCACGAGUUUUUGACUGUAUACCACUUGUACAAUUGUAAAAGGAUACUGAUGUUGAGUCAAAGGAUUUCUGUUUUUUUUUUUUUUUUAAAUAAACACUAUGGAUUGUAAUUCAUCUAAUUUACCAAUAGGAGUGACUUAUUUAUUCUCAGGUCCUUUACUGUGUUUUUGCCAAGCAUGCCAAAAACAUCAUUUGUGAACGUCAUUGUCGGUCGUACAUUUUUUUGUGUGUGUUUUGUUUUUGCAGAAAUAUUGUAACACCAGUCACCCUAAUGCCUCAGAAGCACCACACACGAGCCUUUACAGUAUUGUUUGAAAAGUGCCUGUUAUUUCAAUCACCAUGUUCUCUCCCAAUGCUGUAAUGACUUAUUUAUUAAAUAAACCCCCAAAAGAG